AUCGCAAACGUGAAAUAGUCUCAAAAGUCUAAUUUUUGAUAGCUGGGUAUAAAGAUCAUUAGUUAGUGUGUAUUGAAAAUGAUUUCUUAGGCGAGACGGUCAUUGCAAUGGUGAAAACCCGACGUAGUAACGGAGAGAAUGGGGAGGUUGACGAAGGAAAUUAUUCAAUAAACCACGUUGGCAGCGUGUCUGAUGAGAAGGCAUCAAAUUGGUCCCAAAGGGAGUUAAGAAGUAGUCAAUAUAAGGUUGCAAGGAAAAUACAACGCUGGCCAACCAGAUACAGCCGCAGUAGACUUCGAGCGAUCAAAAUGCCUCGUACGAUAAUGUUUCCUGAAAGUGACACUGAACCUGAAAAAUAUUCCAGAAGAUCUCGUCAAGUAAGGGUGUUCUUUGCUGAUGAAAAUGAUUCUAACAAUAGAAGUAUGAAAAUUCGACGUAAUCGUGGACCAAGAAAGAAUUAUAUGGAAGAUAGUGAAGACAAACCCAUACAGCAAAAUGUAAGAAGAAGUUGUCGCAAGCGCAAACUUCUGCAUCAUAAUUUUAAUGAAAGCUGGAUCACUAAUGAAUUGAAAGUCAAAGGAUACCCAGAUUUGUAUGGAUUUCCUGGAACAAGUUCAUCGGAUGAGUUUUCUUCAGGAGAUGAAGCUAGAGAAACUAAGAAAUUGACUCGCAGUCAUGCUCCAACCAACACAGACGAGGACACACAGCUGUCACGCCAGAGAAGAACCUCAGCAAGAUUUACAAACAAAAAGGAUGCUUCAGAAUCAGAUACUGACGAUGAAAGCAAUCAGACUGUUAUUGAGAAAAAACCGGUUGAGGAAAAAUUGGUAAAUGAGAAGAUGGACACGGAAGUGAUAAAACCUAAGGAUGAAGAAAAGAUUGAAGAUAGGGACAGUGAGAGUAACCAAGGCCCAGCUCGAUCAACGAGAGGUAGAGGAAGACGUGGUCAGAAAAAAGUUGAUAUACACCAAGAAUCUGCGUCGUCGUCGUCGUCGUCGUCGGAGUCGGGCAGCUCGCUGCGGCCGCGGCGCUCGGGCCGCACGCGCGCGCAGCCCGCCUUCGUGCAGCUCGCGGGGGACGCCCGGCCCAGAGGCAAAACCUUUACUAUUAGGAAAAAGCCUUACAGUCUGAGAGAAAGAAAACCAAAGUUACUUAGAAGGAAAACGAUCCGAUCUCAAUCUCCAUCAAACAGCAGCACCAGUAGCAGCACAUCUAGUUCAGACACGGAAGAAGAUCUCAAUGUGUCUAUGAAAAAUAAGACGAAGGGCAGACAAAAAUCAAAGUCGAUGGAUGAUAAGAAAACUGACAGAGCUUUAAGAGAUAUACAACCAAUAGAAGUUGAUGGCAGUGUGAGGUUUUCAUCGGUUGGGGGUUUAGAAGAACACAUAAAAUGUCUCAGAGAAAUGGUGCUGUUUCCGCUGAUGUAUCCAGAACUGUUCGAUAAGUUCAAAACUCGACCGGCCAAAGGUGUCCUGUUUCACGGUCCGCCCGGUACCGGGAAAACUUUACUAGCGAGGGCUCUGGCUAACGAAUGCAGAUUGGUCGGUGGGAGAAAAGUGGCUUUCUUUAUGAGAAAAGGGGCGGACUGCUUGAAGAAAUGGGUGGGGGAGAGUGAGAGGCAUUUGAAGUUGCUGUUCCAACAGGCGAACAAGAUGAAGCCGUCGAUAAUCUUCUUCGACGAGAUCGACGCGCUGGCGCCCGUGCGCAGCGUGCGGCAGGAGCAGGUGCACACCAGCGUCGUGGGCACGCUGCUGGCCGAGAUGGACGGCGUGUGCGAGAGGGGUGAAGUAGUAGUAAUAGGAGCAACGAAUCGUCUGGACGCAGUCGACCCGGCGUUGAGGAGAGCCGGUCGCUUCGACCGCGAACUGCACUUCCCGCCGCCGCACGCAGCCGCCAGGCGAGAUAUAUUAGAGAUAUACACCAAGGACUGGACGCCGGUGCCCAGCGAAGACACCCUGAAUCAUAUCGCCGAUAUCACGAAUGGAUAUGGGGGAUCUGAUUUAAAAGCAUUGUGCUCGGAGGCAGUAUUAAAAGCGCUCAGGAGAGUGUAUCCACAAGUGUACGAUAGUGAAUACGCAUUGGUCAUCGAUCCCAAAAAUGUGGAGGUGACGGUGCGCGACCUGCGCGCGGCGGUGGCGGGGCUGGUGGCGGCGGGCGCGCGCAGCGGCCCCGCGCCGGCGCGCCGCCUGCCGCACUACUGCGCGCCGCUGCUGCAGCCGCAGCUGCGCGCCGCCGCCGCGCUGCUCGACGAGCCCUUCCCCGUCGGCGCGGCCGCGCACAACAUGGACACACCAGCGGCUUCCAACGUGCUGCUGCUGUCGGGCGAGUGCGCAGAGACGCACCUGGCGCCGGCGCUGCUGGCGCAGAUGGAGCACUGCCCGGUGCGCGAGCUGAGCGUGUCCGCGCUACACUCCGCGCUCGCCUACACGCAGGAGCAGGCGCUCAUAUCGCUGUUCUCGGAGUGCCGGCGCUGCGACCGCGGCUGCAUCCUGUUCGUGCGCGACGUGCUGGACGUGUGGCGCAGCCUGAGCGCGGGCAGCGGCGCGGCGCUGCUGCUGCAGCUGUGGCGCACGCGCGCCGCCGGCGACGCCACGCUGCUGCUGGCCACCGCGCCGCCCGACGCCGACCUGCCGCCGCAGCUUCAAGAAAUGUUUCCACCAUACAAAAACUGUAUAUAUGGGGUUCGUGAAGCCACUUCUUCGGAAGUUAUCAACUUUUUAAAGCCCAUUAUCACAGAAGCACCCCUGGAGCCACCGGUAAUUGAAAAUACUGAACCGCCACCGCCUUUACCGCGUGCUCCACCACCGCCUCCUCCCCGAGAGAGCAAAGAAGAAUUGGCUAGACGAAAGCGAAAGGAGGACUACAAGCUGCGAGAAUUAAGAAUAUUUCUACGCGAUAUCUGUAGGAAAUUGGCUUCGAAUAGACGUUUUUAUAAGUUCACCAAACCGGUGGAUUUAGAAGAGGUGACGGAUUAUCUCGAUAUCAUAAAGCAGCCUAUGGACCUCGAGACCAUUAUGACGAAGGUGGAUCUGCACAAGUACAAUUGUGCAAAGGAAUUCCUUGAUGACGUCGACUUGAUAUGUGCUAAUGCAUUAGAAUAUAACCCGGAUAGAACAUCGUCCGAUAAGCAAAUCCGGCACGAGGCCUGUUCGCUGCGCGACCACGCCCACGCACUCAUCGACGUGGAGAUGGACAGCGACUUCGAGCUCGAGUGUCAGGACAUCGCGCGGCGCCGGCGCGAGGAGGGCGCCGCCGACAACGACCUGCCCGACUUCAUAUACACCGCCUCCAACCUGCCGGACGGAUUCGAUACGACAGCGGACGACGACAGCAAGGUGGUGCGGACGCCGCACAACGGAGAGAAAAACGAUACACACUCCGCGAAACGAAAGCGAAGACGGAUUAAUGCCUGGUCGAAGGGCCUGGUCGUGAAACGGCAGAGGACGUCACAGAAAAGCUACAAGGAGGCGCACAUCGCGAUAACGGACGAGGAGUCGAAGGAGAACAAGCCGAUCACGUCGACGCCGCUGCCGGCCAGCUCGUGCAGCUCGUCGGGCUCGGACGACGACGCGCCGCUGCGCCGCCCGCGCGACUGCGACGACCUGCUCGACCUGCGCCCGCACGCCAACCACGUGCUCGACAGCCCUGCCAAAUCAACGGAGAAGUCACCAACAAAAUCAUCGCCAAAGAAAAGAAAUUCAGGUCACGAGGCAACCAGUGGAGAUGCUGAGAAGGUACUGAUAAACAAGACUGAACUAGAUAACAUUCUAUAUAAGAACGCGAAAGCGCUACGGAACAUCGGCCUUGAAGCAUUAUUGGACCUGUACGCUCAGUUAGCAGGCGCCGUACGAUCGUACUCCACAAAAUACGACCGUACGAAGCUUCCGCACGAACUUCAGACGAUUAUCGCCAGGUACUUGCAGCUCGCGAGGAAAUGAGCGAGGAAAGUCGACAAGCCUUCAGUCAAAAGUCAUACGAAUGAGUGCUGACAAUAUUGUCUCAACUUGUAUUCCUAACCAGAAUUUAUCUGUACAGCGUCCCCCUUAUGACCCAUAGACGUAUAACAUUGACGAAAAUUUCUUCUAUUGUAUUUUUUAACUUCUAUAAAAAAGUAGAUUAUAAAAACAAAACUUUUACAACUCUCAGCUAUAAGUCAUGAGACUAAAAUUGAUUUAAUGUAAUAAAAACCUACUAGCACUAUUACGUCACAACGUCAAAUGUUAUUUGUCUAUGGUUACUUGUUAAUAGACUAGGAUUUUAAAUUUUUCAAAGCCGUCCAAAGCGUUUUUUAAGAAAGACCAGUAAUUUUGAAUAGUGACAAAAUUGAGAUUUUGACAGAAGGCUCUCUCGAUACAGGUUACAUUGUGUCGGGAUAAUACAUUCCAUGUUAAUGUGGAAAGUUAAAGUAUAUGUUGAAUCUAUGUAGCGAGGUAUUAAAGUUAGGGAAGGUUCUAGAGAAUAAUUAGAAAAAAAGUUUGUUUUAUAUUGUUUGGUCUGGUUGCACUAAUGAUUAAAUACCAUAUCCUUGUCGUUAAAAAAAAAACUGUUUUUAUGUGUUCUAAUUUCGAAAUGUUCUCAUCGACUAUGUAUAAAUCGAAUAACACGAAUAUAAAGUUAUAAGGUGUGAUUAGCAUCACCUAAACAGCCAAAUUGUGAUACGUGAUAAGUGUUGUAAAGUCUCAAUGGAUGUUAGGAUUGGAAUAAAAAUCUAAGAAUAAAGUAUUAUAUUAGAAUAUUUCGAUCAUUUGUUAUCGCCUUGGUUAGAAUGUUACGAAUUUAAAAAAAAUAAACUUAGCUUUUAAACGACCAAAGUGAACAAAACUUCAUUACCGUAAAUAUUAUUUAAUAUAGCUAUGUGUAUUCAUGCCAUUAUAAUUUAUACAAAAUAUAAAGUAACCCAAACUUUCUAAGAGAUAAAGGUGUCAAAAUUAUACUAAACUUCUGUAUCAUUUUUGCCAUCAAUGUGUAGACGUGUUUGUUGCGUGCGUUUGAAACAUUAACACGUAGCUUUUAAAUUGUAGUUUCUGAAGUCUAUUGCUUUGUCACUUUUUCUAUAUAAUUUUUCUAAGUAUGUAUAAAAUUUCACUUAUUUAAAACUAACUAUCCGCCCCUACUUUGCACGGGUGAAAUUCACACAAAAUUACUCCUCCCAUUUAUCGAAGUUGAAAUUUCCAAAAAUCCUUUCUUAGUUUGUGUUUGCUUUGCGACAGGAGUAACUAUGCUAAUUUUCAUCUAUGAAUCUUUUUUCAGUUGAAGAUUAACGCCCUCACUAAUAAAGUUUGAUAGCAAAUUUAUUUUCUUUGUUCAUUAGUAAGUCACUACAGAAUACACUACUAUACAACGUAAUUAGAGGGUAGAGUUUUUUGUACGAUUUAAUUUUGUGUGUGCAUCAUGCGUUAUAUUAUUGUAAAUUAUUUAAAAUAUAGUUUAUGUUUAUUUCUUGAUUUAAUCAUAGAAUAUUGUUGGUGUUAUAGAAUAUCGGUCUAAUUUAAAAAUGUAGUUAAGCGGGUGUUUAGUCGAACACUUUAUCUCUUUCUGUCGUCAUUGAUUUGAAACUCGAAAGAAGAAGACAUAAUUGUUUAACCAAUCUCGCUUUUAAUAUCGAACGAAUUAAAACUUUUUUUUUUCCAAUUAAUGUCGAAUGCUCGGCAAGAUGCUGAAAUUACAUGAUAUACGAUAAUUUUUGUUUCAAACUAGAAUACAAUAUAACAUAAGAAAAUAAUUAACUUAACUCUAAUGUAUAUAUACUAAAUAAAAAUCAAUUAAAAUACUUCUAACAUAGACAAUAGUAAAAAAGAUUUUAAAACGUACUUUACAAUAAAUAAAAAAUAGUGACGGGUUGUGAAAAUAUUAUAUCGAUUAUAAACAAUUUGGCUUUUUAGGUUCAUCAUAAAACGAGUUGUGUGUUGUAGAUAUUAAUUGAAUUUAUUUAAUUAAUAAUUUAAUUGAAUUGUUAUAAUCGUAAAAACGAGGGCUUCGAAUAUUACUGUAAUUUUUUUAUAAAGAAUGUUUCAUAUAAAACCUUUAUGUUUACAAACUAUGAUGCCCUGAAAAUGAAUUUAGAAAUAUUUCGAACACUGCCACUAAUAUAUUCCUUAUGUCUUUGAGCGAAGGCUGAUAUUACGAUGACUCCAAGUUAUGAGUGUUAUAGGAAUAUAUCAGUUACCCAGAACGAGCUUAAAUAAUUCUGUAUUUAUGCCUACAUUAACACUGUGGCUAUUGACAUUUUUAUACUAGAAUUGUGCAAAGUAUGUGUGCACUAUUACUGAUCGAGUAAAUACUCCUUUGAUAUCAAAUACUACUUCAAAGUUCAAUUAAAAGUAAAAAUUAUUUUGGCGUGACGAUGCGAAUUGCGAAUAAGAUGGAUUCUUUUGAUUUUGUAGAACGUAAUUGAGGCUUCAAUUUCUAGAGUGAGAAAUAAAUAUACGCAACAAUUUAUAUAACACUUUUCAGCCAACAAAAAUUGUAAAAAAAUUUGCUCGAAUAAUAAUAAAAAGAAGGCAAAUGAGUGAACCAGGUGAUAAAUGGAUUGUAUCGACUAUACCUUUAUAUUUACACUGGCUCACAUUACUUUAAAUCGAAAUCCGAAUUCGUUUUGCGGUAUUACUUAUCUAUAACUAGCACAGGUGAAUUCACUGAUUGCAUUAAAAAUAUUACAGGAAGCGACAGUGAAGAACAUUAUUAUUAUUAUUAAGAGAUACAUUUUCUUUUAUAACCUAACCUCCUUACGAAAUUUGAACAAAGGAAUUUCAAGUUGCAUUCGAUCGUCUAUUCACAGUUUUUGUUCGGUCGAUUUCGGUAUCGUGUCAUCGCGCAAAACCUAGAAAAUUGACAGGUGAGGUUUUUUGCCGGUCUAUACGAAAUAUGUUUACACAGCUUUCCCUAGUUACUAUUAGAAUGUAAUUUAAUGGCACCUUUUUCACAUCGUCCUGUUAACACGUAAUACAAGAUCGGUUUCAAAAUGAAACUGUAUAGUCGAUUCAUAUAAAAAAAGGUAUUUAUUAAUUUAUUAUAUUUAUAUAGCUUGCUACUAUUUCUUGAUACCAGAUUCGGAAUAACAUUUUUAUAAACUUGAAACAGUAUUUGAUAUCUCAUGUUUUAAUUUAAUUUAUAAUUAAUUAUAAUUCAUAAAUAGUUUACUAAAUUAUAUAAUUAAUUUACAUCAAAGACUCCAAUCAGUCUGGUAUGUACUUAAUAAUUACUUUAUAUACCAUAAAAAAAAAUUGAUUACCGUAACAUGUACAUACUUUCACUAAUUCAACACUUAAAGUAAAUAAACAAAAUACAUUAAUUUAUUUUUAUUACUUAUAUACGUCCAGAUAAAAUAUAAUUUGUUUUUCUAUAAUAUAAUUAAUAAGUUACGAAACACGAAGCUAAGAAAUAUUCGUAUAAAAUACUUAAACUUUGUUUGGUAUAAUGCAUCGUUCACACAUACGAUUGAUUGUCAUUGUUUUUUAACAUAUCUUAUAAUACUGUCCAUCGAAAAAAAUUACUUUUGCGUGGAUAUCAUCAGUAACAGUGUGAUAUGAAAGUAAAAGGCAAAUAAAUUAUAUAUGAAAAUAGUUACCUCGUUCCAAUUAGGAAUUAAAUAUAUAGUACCUAUAUACGCAUUAUGUACCUAUGUUAGGAAAUAUUGCCAUAUAUUGAUUGUUCAGAUGGCGAUUACGGAUGAAAUUCGAUGGUCGAGUUGAUGAUCGUCACUGCCCUUGAAAUAGAGAUUACUGUUUCCAUUCUUAGUUAAUAUUAGUAAUUUUUUUUUUACCAUAGACAAUAUUUUAAUGUUUUGUGUGCCUUGUGUAAAAGUAAAUUAUAAUAUGUAUAAAUUUUUCAUUACUAUGUAAAUAUUCAUGUUUAAUUACUUGUUUUUUUUUUUUUGAUAACUUUUAACUUUGUGAUUCGAUUAAACUCAUUUUGUUACCAUUUUUUAAAAAUAGAUUUAAAUAUAUACGAGACUUGAACAUCGAAUUUCAAAACGCUGUUCAAACGAAUUUGUAGUUAUACGUAUUAAAAUAUAGCAACACUUGCAAUACCCGCAGGGAAAGGUCGGAUUAUACGCAUAUACAGUGAUAAUAAUUAAUUUAAAUUGUUCAUAUAUUGUUUGAGAAAUAAUGAUUAAAUAGUAAAAUUGAAUAAAACCUUUUUUAUUGUCUUCAAUAUAAUCUAAGAACAUUUGACGAAAAAAAAAAAAAUUAAUCAACAUGUACUCUGUAUUGUGAUGAGAUUAGAAAUUGUUGAUUGCAAUCUAUUUGUAACGUAAUAAAGAGACGUGUAUUGUGUGGUCCGGUAAUGAAGUUACCGGCCCUUGCAAUUUAAUUGUAGCUUUCUCUUAUUCUGAUAGAUUAUUAAGUUUUAAUAACAUUUCUAUAGAUUUUAUUUAAAUUAAUAAAUUGUAUAAUGGUAACACCGCAGAGGUUAUUUAUUAUAAAAUUAGACUGCAAAUGAAAAGUUGAUAUGUAUCGAAUUGUUUUUUUUUUUUAUUGAUUCCGAUAUUUGUUGAAGCCAACUCGUGCGUCAAGUCGACUGUCCUGGGCGUUGUAAGUGUGUCUAAUGACCUAAUUGUAAUGAAUCUGCUUGCAUUUUGCUCAAUUUAAUGUUUGAAGUAUGUAAGCGACAUCCACCGUUUGUUAGUGUAUAAUGAAAAAUUGUAUUUAUAAAACCGUAUUUAAUUAAAAAUAAAAAGGGUACGCCUUCAUGUGAUAAUGAA